AUGGGAAGAAGAGCCGUUACCAGCGUGCCUGGAGUGUCGCGGAGCGUGCCUCGCGCUGCUCUAAAGGAUGGUGCAACUGAAUCCACUGCUGGUGCUGGUCGGGUUGGAGAGCCUGGGGACGGGAAGGUGCAGCAGCCUGCCCAGGCUUCCGUGGCCACACGCGGGCCGUCUAAGACGGUUGCGGAGGAGGCUAGGGGAUACCUGGAGAAAGCAGAGGAGGAUUUCUUACAGUUCACACAGCACCUGGGGCGAGCGCUCAUCCUCACCACCAUUCCUGGGGUUGUUCUGGAGACUCUGCGUGAGCUCUCAGGCUCCAGGGUGCAAGGGUGGGACGUGGUCUGGUUCUGCUGGGCGGCAGGGCUUGUCCUGGGGUGCAUGGUUGGGGUGGGCGAGGUCAUGCAGAAGCACCAGAGACGGCGCGCUGCCGCCCGCCUGCCGCCCAGAAAAGUUGUCCUGACUGGAGGCUCCAGGGGCCUGGGCAAGGCUAUGGCUCGAGAGUUCCUAUUGGCUGGUGAUGACGUGUUGCUGACAUCAAGGAGUGAGGAGGGGGUGGAGGAGGCACUGAGAGCCCUGCAGCAGGACACGUGGCACAUCACAGGGCGCGCUCCCUUGGCUGUAAUGGUCAAGGCAGAAUCCAAGCAGCCUGGGUCAACGGAGUCAACGCAGUCAACCAGGGAGGUGUGGGAGCUACCACAAGUGCAUGGGGAGGAGCAGCAGGAGCGCCACGAGCAGCAGGAUCAUCCACAGCUGUCUGGGCGGCAGAUAGUGGUUGGGAUUGCGUGUGAUGUGCGGUCGGCAAUCGACGUCCAGAUGCUCGCUGACGUGGCGGGGCAGGAGCUGGAGCGAGUCGAUAUCUGGGUGAACAAUGCGGGCACCAAUCCCAUGGCAAAGCCCUUCGUUGACUUAGAAGACCACGAGCUGGAGCAGGUGGUCUCCACCAACCUGCUGGGCUCGCUGCUCUGCACGCGAGCAGCAAUGCACCUCAUGCAGCAGCAGCCGCAGCAGCCAUGUAACCAGGACCAUAGAGUUGACCAUAUGGCAGGCCCGGUGUUCAGCCCCGUCUCUCUCUUCCUGUCCAUCCAGGUUGUCUCCACCAACAUCCUGGGCUCGCUCCUCUGCACGCGGGCAGCAAUGCGCCUCAUGCAGCAGCAGCAGCAGCCUUGCCCCCCAGGCCAUAUGUCCGGCCUUAUGUUCAACCUCAGCCUCUCCCUAUGCUUCUCCCCAUUCCACCAGGUGGCUUCCACCAAUCUCUUGGGCUCGCUCCUCUGCACGCGGGCAGCAAUGCGCCUCAUGCAGCAGCAGCAGCAGCCUUGCCCCCCAGGCCAUAUGUCCGGCCUUAUGUUCAACCUCAGCCUCUCCCUAUGCUUCUCCCCAUUCCACCAGGUUGUCUCCACCAAUCUCUUGGGCUCGCUCCUCUGCACACGAGCAGCAAUGCGCCUCAUGCAGCAGCAGCAGCAGCCUUGCCCCCCAGGCCAUAUGUCCGGCCUUAUGUUCAACCUCAGCCUCUCCCUAUGCUUCUCCCCAUUCCACCAGGUUGUCUCCACCAAUCUCUUGGGCUCGCUCCUCUGCACACGAGCAGCAAUGCGCCUCAUGCAGCAGCAGCAGCCGUCCCUACCAGACCAAACAGCCGGCCACGUGUUCAAUUUGGAAGGGGCAGGGUCGUGGGGAGGCGCAACCCCCCAGUAUGCUGCCUACGGUGCCACCAAGUGUGCGCUCCGGCAGCUGGGUUUGUCGCUGGUGGAAGAGGGGCGGUUGGGGGGGCGGGUGGGGGGAAGUGAGCUGGGGAGUGAGGUGGCGAGUGCGGGUGGGAGCGGGGGGGCGAGUGAGGGGGCGAGCAGAGGGGCGAGCAGUGGAAAAGAGGUGGAGAAGGGAAGCGGGAGGAGGGGAAGGGUGGGUAUUCACGCGGUGUCACCAGGGCUGGUGCUGACAGAUCUGCUGCUGAGUGGAGCGACGGUGGCCAACAAGCAAGCAUUCAACAUCGUGGGGGAACACCCUGAGACUGUUGCGCGUGUCCUCGUACCUCAGAUGCGCACUGUAAGGGGUACGGGAUCCACAGUGAGCUACCUCACACCGCCCCGCAUAGUCCUGGCCAUCCUGUCUGCUUGGAUGCGCCGAGGCCGCUGGUUCGAUCAACAGGUGAGGAGAAGGGGGGAUAUCAGAUGCGCACUGUAA